CUCAGAGAACGCUUACGUGCAGCUGGAUGAACCUGUCGCAGGCCCGCCGCAGCGGAUGUGUCGUCCGCGGCAGAAAUAGCACGCUAGAUUUGUGGCGUUCGAGCCCUUACCCUUCUUUGAUUUCUUUCUGCUUCGUGUACCUUCUUUCGGUGAUUCUAAGGUCUGUGUUUGCUCCUGCUGAGGCCUGGGCAAUAUGACAGUACCUGGGUCAUCGGCGGCGUAGUCGGGUCCGAGCGCGGCGGGCGAGAUGAUCAUCGGGCUUGAUCGACGCCAACUCGGGACAGCGGCAGGCACGGUCACGAGCGGAGCGAAGCGGUCAUUGUUAAGCCCGAGU